AUGGAUCACCUGACUGCGCUCUUCCAGGAGAUGUGGCGUCAAGGUGAAGUCCCGCAAGAUUUCAAGGACGCAACUAUCGUGCACCUAUACAAGCGAAAAGGCAAUCGCCAAGUCUGCGACAACCACCGCGGCAUCUCCCUACUGAACAUCGCCGGGAAGAUCUUCGCUCGCAUCCUGCUCAACCGCCUCAACAACCAUCUGGAACAGGGCCUUCUGCCGGAAAGUCAAUGCGGCUUCCGUCGUCAUCGUGGGACCACGGAUAUGAUCUUCGCAGCCCGCCAACUUCAGGAGAAGUGCCAGGAGAUGCGGACCCACCUGUACUCUACCUUCGUGGACCUGACGAAAGCCUUCGAAACGGCGAAUCGUGAAGGACUGUGGAAGAUCAUGCACAAAUUCGGCUGUCCGGAGCGAUUCACUCAGAUGGUGCGUCAGCUGCACGACGGUAUGAUGGCGCGAGUCACGGGCAACGGAGCUGUCUCAGAGGCAUUCGCAGUGACCAACGGAGUGAAGCAGGGCUGUGUGCUGGCGCCUACACUCUUCAGUCUCAUGUUCUCUGCCAUGCUGAUGGACGUCUACCGCGACGAACACCCCCGGAUCCGCAUCGCCUAUAGAACGGACGGUCAUCUCCUGAAUAACCGGCGCAUGAACUUCCAAUCACGUGUAUCCACAGCCACCGUGCACGAACUCGCCGGCGACUGCGCCCUGAACACCACCUCUGAAAAGGAGAUGCAACGGAGCAUGGACCUAUUCUCCGCCGCCUGCGAGAACUUUGGGCUGGUCAUUAACACGCAGAAGACUGUGGUGAUGCAUCAACCGCCACCCAACUCAGCCACAGCCCCCAACGCGCCGCAAAUCAACGUGAAUGGGACUCAACUGCAAGUGGUAGAGAACUUCCCGUAG